AUCACUUUGUUCUCGGCUGCGGUGACGUGAGCACGCCCGCGCGCGCCUAAACCGGCAGACGCGCACGCGCAAUACAGCCGCUCAGUGCUCUCGCGCCGCCGGGACACGCGCGGACUUCCCGACACUAUAGCGAACGACAAAUCUGAAAGCGAACAUUUCGAACGAACCAACAUUAUUGGGUUUUCACAAUAACACUCGCACUUUAAAAGUGCAUCGUCAAGGAUUGCCCGACUUGAAUUUGCUGAACGUUAUAUUCCAUGAAGAACCUUACACGCACAGCUACUGGAUACUGAAUUCUAUUAAUAAGUAGCGAUACUUUGGAGUGAAAUGAACGUAACUGGUCGACAACAUUGCCAAGUUUGCAUUGGGAUUUGCAGAGCGGCUUGUGCGUGAAACGUUUAUACAUUUUAUAUAAGGACAAGUAAACACAAGUUAUCUAAAUACAAUAAAACAGUGAGAUGACAAACUGUGAUACCGCUUGAUGCGGAUUUAGUGGUACUCUAGUCUUAGGUUUUCAUAAUAUUUUUCGUGUAAAAUGGUGCGUGGUAGAUUCUCCACGUCUGAUAUGUCGGCGAUGGGCCUCGGAUACGCGAGCGUGGGCCUGCAGCACUCGCGGUCCGCCGUGCUGCACGCGCAGGUGCCGCCCCACUACCGGCCCGUGAUGCCGCCACAGGUCACCCUCAACACCUCCGGGGACACUACACACUCUGGACCUCGCGUACACUUUAAAUUGCACGGUGCUAUCCCCGAGAAGAAGAAGUCUCCGCCAUCGUCUCUGGUAAACGGCAAUGGCAAGAGUGUUCGGCCGCAGUCGUUCACUCCCGGCCUGAAGCGGUCCAAGUCUCUGACGUCGGCGGAUGCACUGGCCAGCGGCAUGGCAGCGUUGGGACUGGCCGCAGACGCCGGAGAUUUGGGCACGUUCCCGCCUGAGAUACAGGAGUGCAUCGAUAAGGCUCUGGAAGAUCCGAACGCUGUGAUGGCUCGCACACUGAUGGACGCGGUGGGACACCUGGUGUCCCGCGCAGUGGAGUCCCCCCGGUACGCUCUACCUGCAGCGAGACGAUGCAUCGCCGUUGUGGAGCGAGAGACCGGCGAGACAUUCCUAGAGUCCCUGCUCAACACCUGCCAGCAGUGGUACCACGACAGAGAUAAGUUGCUGGGCGCGAUGGUGGGCGGCGGGCGGCCGCGGCUGAUGGCGUUCCUGUCGUUCCUGCUGGAGAUGUACUGCCAGCUGCGGCGGCGCGCGAUACAGCGGCGCGGCGCCUCCGCGCAGCCCGGCCAGGUGCUGCUCACGCUCAUCUGCAAGUGCUGCGAGGACUGCAUCAGGCAGCCGGUGCCCUCCGCCAGUGAUACGGAGAACCUGUUCUUCGUGCUGACGUACAUCGGGCGCGACCUGGAGUGCCAGCUGCCGGGCGACCUGGAGCGGCUGCUGACGGCGGUGCGCGACGCGUUCCUCAACACGAGCGCGGCGCCCUCCAUCCGCCGCACGCUGCUGCAGCUCAUCGAGCUGCACGCGUCGCGCUGGCAGCUGCCCGGCUGCGCAGUGCUCUACUACUACCCCUCCUCCAAGUGAGGCGCGGGGGGGGGGGGGGACGAGACCUUGCUCCUGCUCGUCGAGGUGUAUGCGACACACGUGCUCUACUGCUACCUCUCCUCCAAGUGGUUCCUCCAGCGCAAUAUCGGCCUGUCCAUACAGGCACACUAAGCGAAUGCUUAAGGAGCUCGUAUUGGAGGGCAGCAUGACGAUAUGUUAGGUUCAAAUUAUUUGAAAUUUAAAAAAUGAGUCAAUGUCCGCGGUAUUAAAAUAGUACUGUAUAUAUAGGCAUUAACCUAAAAAGUUUCUUAUGUCAUUAUUUUGUGGUGAUGAUUUUUUAUUGGUGUCCUUCAGAGUUUCUGGGGUACGUGAAUCGCUGUGUUUACCAAUUGACGAUAGGAGUUUGGCAACAAGAUUGUGGCUCGAUGACUUAUGGUGAAGGUUGAAAUUACUCAUAGACUCAAAUUUUCGACAAAAAAUAUCAUUCAUAUUAAAUGGAUAUUUCUUUUGACACUGUAUUUGGCGCUUCGUUCGUGGAUCCAAAAGUUUGAAAACCCUGGUUGUACAUCGAGCCUACGUUAAGCGUUCGGUGGCUUCACCGAGGAAGGAGAUGUCUUCUCGAGCAGGGCAUAUAUUCAAGAUGAGCCUUUCGAGUAUAUCCUCAAAGUUCGAUUUAUCGAAUAACAAACUUGUUUUAACGUGUAUCUAAGUUAUCCUAUCGCGUAUGAGGUCAUCCAAAUAAGAUAUCGAGGUCCUAGUACUAGUACUACAAAUGCUUGAAAAAUGAUUGACUUCAUUUGUAUCUUAUUGUAGCCCGAGAUACAUUUGUCUACCAUACCGGCAUACUUUGCCGCGGAUGUAUUUACAUAAUGUAGCUAAUUUAUUCCGUAACUCCCAUUUGAUAAAUAGCAAUGACCGAGUCGAGAGUUUUAUGCGAACAAAUUAGUAAGCUAUCAUUCUGGAGAUUUAGAAGAGUAUAACUAUACAAAGGUUUACGAGCAUUUCUAAUAGUAUUCGAGCGUUCACUCGGUCUACGAACGUCGUUUUUAGAUUUCACGAAUGUACAGCAGAUCAUUAGUUAUAUUGUCCUUUGUGCGUAUUGUAUGUAGGCAUGACGCUGCCAUAAGCUCACUAUAUCGUGCCUAUGAUUUGUUUUAGAUAGUAGUUUCUAAAACUAUAUACUUUGGAGUUGAU